AUGCGACACGCGAGAAAGUGGACACACCUGGUCGAGAAGGGGCAGUUCCCAAGAUGGAUGAAGAAGCAGGACGCGAUCAUCACAGACAUUGAGACGAAGGACUGGAUUUUUAGGGAGGCU